ACGUAGUGCACACUAUGACAACUUACUUCCGGUGUUUGCAAAGCUUGCUUUCCAUAGCAUUCAGUUGGUGUAUUUUUUUCGAAAACUAUUUAAAUGUGUUUUGUUGUGAAUAGGCAGUAUGAAAGAAACGGAUCUGACAUUUACCGACGAGAUUCACUUACGAGUUUAAAUGUCGUUGCGUAGUUAGUCGACGAGACUAUUUGUUUCGAGCCAUAAACUGAGCUGUUUCCGCAUUUUUUGGCUCUUGUUUGUGCCCUGACAAACUCGCUACGAAUCCUCAAUUAUAUUUGUCCGUUUGGCUGUUCUCUUAAGUAUUUCACAAUGAACAUUUUGCCCAAAAAGAGCUGGCAUGUGCGUAAUAAGGACAACAUUGCGCGCGUGCGCCGCGACGAGGCUCGUGCAGCAGAGGAAGAACGCGAGAUUCAAAAGCGAGUGGAACGCGCAGAGCAAGAGGCUCGAACAGAGUAUUUGAGAAAGAAAUCUCGAGCCGCCCUUCAGCAGACAGGGGAAUGGACUGAGGAUGGAGAGGCGGCAGAGACAAGCCGAGGAGCCAGAGAGAUAGAACACCUAAAUCUUUUUCCACUAGAGGACUCAUCUGAAAAGAAAGGAAAUGCAGAAUACCUCAAAGAGAAGAAGGAAGAGAAGGAGAAGCAAGAACGUGCUAUUGGGAUUUUAGUGUCUCUAGGUCCCGCUCCUGGAACAGAAGCCACUCCCUGGUACCUGAAAGAUGGAAAAGACAAAGAGGAAGAGAGAGACAAAAAAGAGAAAGGCAAAAACAAGCAAAGAAGCAUAACUGAAGAGGAAAGAGAAAAGAAAGACAGGAAGCUGAAAGACAGUUUGGAUCCCCUUAAAGAAAUGAAGAAAGCACUGGCAGUGAAGGACAGAAAGGAGAAAAAGCAUAAGAAGAAGGAGAAGAAAGACAGAGGAGAGAAGAGGGGUGGAGAGAGUUCAAUUGAGAGGUUAAGGGCUGAACGAUUGCAGAGAGAAGCGGAGGAGAGGAAAAGGACACAGGCUUUACUGGAACAGAGGAGUGGAGGCGGGAAAGAAAAAGAGCUCGAGCGAGAGAUGGGGGAUCGAGACAGACCAUACAACAGCGCCUACUUUCCCGAAUUGGCACGGAAAAGGCAAAGGAGAGACAGAGAUCAGUUUGGCUUUUAUUAGCUAACAAAGGCUUUAAUUCACUAAGUCUAGAAUUUGCAGAACUGUUUUGUGAUCGGACAAGAAAUUAACCACAUGCAAAGUGUGAAAACCAUUUAAAAUGACUGAUUGCUACCUAAAAGCCAUCGAUCUGGGCCUCUGCAUCACUUUUACUGGCUUCAGAUGACUUGGUAAAAAAUGGACAAACAGGAAAACUUCCUGUUUGCCUGUAUUUGUGCUGACAGCACAAGAGCAAAUAAGCUGUUGUAAAAAUGUCGUCUUUUGAUUUGUAUGACCUGCAUCAGUUGUUUUCCUGUACAAAUAUGAGGCAUCAGCAUUAAAACAUGGACAAGCCA